AUGGAAGCCAGUCACACCACCCCUGAGUCCAUGGCGGCCUGGCUUCCCAUCGCCGCACGCCGCAUCUCGGGCGAUUUACUCCUCGUAUUGCAGACCAACAUACCAGACUACGAGGUCUGGGAAAGAGGCGCCCUUGAGCUGCCAUGCUUCGAGAACGCCACCUCGAUCACCCUCGAACUAGAGGGUCUUGGCCUCACGAUGCCGCCUUCCGGCAUAUUCGCCCGGCUCACCAAUCUCCACCUAGGUUGCAUCCGGCUACGUGGUCCGAGCAUGCUCGGCGAGGCUGUCUCCUCGCCGCGCUGCCCGGCGUUACAGAAACUGACUCUCAGUGGUACCUCGGGUCUGGGCAACUUGACCAUCCACUCGGAAUCUCUCUUGGAAAUGACACUGACGCGCGUGCACGGCUUGCAGCAGCUCAAUGUCACAGCGCCGGCACUCAAACAGUUAGAAGUGCUGUCCUGCUUUACUAAAGGUGGGAUGAUUUUGAUCCUACCGGUUGCAAACAUCUCCGCCCCUCAGCUGGAAUCCCUCAUGUGGUGGGAUGAUUCUGAUCCAAAGUUCACCCAGCUCGGCAAGAUGGAAAAUCUACAGUGCCUGAGCACCUUCCCUUUUACUAUAUAUGAAGAAACUGACCAUGUACGCGAGUUACAGAAUAGCUACUGUACAAGGCUUUUGCGGCGCUUUGAGCUCAUCCACAGUCUCAGAUUCCAACUUGUGAAUGAUCUGGAGGACAUUAUUACUAACCAACAGUACCUGAUGGAAGACAUUACCAGGCUCCCAGACAUUACAUUCAUGUUCCUGGAUAUAACGGGAAACGGGCAUUCCUUUGGACCCAGUUCAUUCCAUCUUCUCAGGAUGUGUACUGGUUUGAGAAAGUUGUCUCUUACAUUUUGUGGCACAACUAUACGCCCGGAGACUCUGUGCCCAUCAGGUUGUGUUUGUGAUCAGCCACCAAGCUGGAAAAGCAAAGAACUCGCGCUGAAUUGCCUCCGAGAAGUAGAAGUCUGUAACUUGAUAGGAACUGAACAUGAAGCUGCUCUUGUAGAACGGUUAUUCGUUUGGGCAACAGUGCUACAAAAGAUGACAGUAACUUUCCAUUGCUCAGUCGCUGAAAGCAAGGCCAAGGAGUUCUGCCAGAUGCUUCAAAGCUUCUCUAGGCCAGAAAUAUCUAUGAAGGGGCAACAUUUUGCCUAA